UAUUUACCCCAUAGUGCGUACUAACCAUUCCACGAGAGCAGAUCACUACUCUCUCCGCUCCGGAGAUCUCUCUUUCCGUCUGGUGUGUACUACACCGUACCAUUAUAAAUACUACUGUCAGCGGAUGCAAACAUCAUCAGAUCGCAAACGCGAUUCAAACGUAACAGCAUCAGCUCGCAGCACACAUCUGGCAUCUGUUUUUCCCUUUAGUUUUUUGGCGCAAUUCACAGCACCGCACCGUAGUUGUGUUCGGUCACGUUAGAGUAUUUGAAAAGCAGUUACAAAAAAUUAUACCUCCAGAAUUCCGGAUGGUAGUUUUGUGUUUGUGAGAUUUUAUUUCUAUUUUUUUCCUUCACGUUGUGUAAACUGGUUUGAAGUUUUAUAAACUUUUAUAAAAAUUGCAGACAGUGGGAUUAUUAGAGGAAAAAGGAAAACACGCUUUUGGUGGAUUUGUGUUGUGUGUUACUUUAAGUAGCAAUCAUUAACUACGGACCAGUGCGAGGACGUUACGCAUGACAAAAAACUUACGGUACGGUUACGGUAGUGGCUGUCUACAACUAUAUCUACAACUAUCUGCCAAAACAGAGUGACGUUAAUUAACCUUUAACAAGUGUCAAGUGUUGUGCCUCGUGUCGUGUUCUACCUGUUCUACGUGUUCCAUGUGUAACUGUGUUGCGGUGCGUCUUGUACAUCGACGUACAUCAUCAUCGGGUGUCUUCCGUAGGGCCAAGGUUGCUGUGGAAGGCAUACCGCUGUUGACUCUGUGUCUCAUCAUGUGGCUGUGGAUAUCGGCGGUCCAGUGCAUCUUGUUGGCCACCGUCGAUCGCAAGUAGGUUGAGUGUGUGUUUUUGAUGGGCUGAAGGGUGGAAGUGAUUGUACCUACGCACUGCAUGAAGCUGUUGAAGAUUCUGCACAAUCCGUGAUCUGUUUGCCGGAUACGUUACCAUUACCUACCUCCGUCCGUGCGCACUAGUGGACAACCGUUCGCAGACAACAAUAAUCGGACCGGGCGAAAGUAAAUAUAAUCGUGUACGGAAAACAGUCUAUGUACAUUCAGUACCGAGGCGGGGUGGAGAUGAAAAUAAAUAGCAUCUGAACAUAUCGCGAAAACCGGGACGGGACCAGAUGUCCUGGAUGGUUGUGGAACAAAAGGACGCGAUGGGAGUGAAAGAAUAGCUGGAACGGAAUUGUCUGCUACGACUCGGAAAAGCGAAUGUGGGACAAUAUAAAACUCCUACUCGUACAGCAAACAGUAAACGUUUACAUGCUUGAUUGAACACACUUGAUGGAAAUUGUUUAGUGAUAAUUGAAAUUUACCUCUACACGUAUAGUAAAAAUAGCUCCAGUGUAUACCCAUGCGUGUAGUCCUUCCCAUUGAUGAUCAGUUCGCAGUAGUAGCAGCAGCAGCAGUAGACAAGAGUGCGAGCGGUGAUGGAGACUCAAUAGGUUGCUGUAUUUACACAAAACACUCCCCGACGGGUACGAAACGUGAUCUCAGGAAAAUCGUUAAUCACCGGCAAAGAUGUAAAAAAAGUAUUUUUUUUAUUCCCCCCCAAAAAACGAGUGAAAAUUGAUUUUAUCGCAACGGAAGUAGACCGCUCAGUGUUACGGUUUGUGGUCUUGCUUGUGUCGAACUUUCUUCAAACUGUGAAGAGCUUGUGGUGUCUGGUUGGGGGUAUACUACUAAAUAUACUACAUUUCCCCCAUCAUAUUACGCUCACGCACAAGUAGUGCCGUCACAUUGUGUGCGAUUAUGUGCGGUGUAGCCAAUGUCGGAUGACAUCAUUAGCUCGAUUGCUAUCGUGCAGCAAUUAAGCGACAUCGAAUCGGACAUCGUCGAUUGUUUGUGCUCGUGAACGGGCGAACCAGCAAGCAGCAUGAAUACUACCUCACCGAAAUCAUCACUGGCCAAGCUGGGACUGCAUCCGAAAGCGAAACCAUUCCGUGUGAUGGUACUUGGGCAGAGUGGCGUCGGGAAGACAGCGAUGGUGGUUCGGUUCAUAACGAAACGUUUCAUCGGCGAAUACGAUCCGAACCUGGAAAAGGUGUACACCUUCAACACACUGAUCGACAACGAGUUCGUCCUGUUCGAAAUACUAGACGCAGCUGGCCAGCCAAACGAAGCCGAUUGCUUAACGCUGGAGGCGAACAUACGAUGGGCGGAGGCAUUUAUCCUGAUGUACUCGGUAGCGGACAAGUGCAGCUUUGACGAGUGCAAUCGACUGAAAUUUCUUAUCAACUACAACAAACGGCGUCGUCGGCUCGGUUCGUACAACAAGGACCCUCUGCUGGACGUUCCCGUCAUACUGGUCGGCAACAAGAUCGACCAGACGGGUGACCGUAUGGUAAGCACCGAGGACGGACAACGACGGGCAAAGGAGAUUUCCUGCGCUUGCUUCCACGAGGUUUCGGUGCGCGAAAGCAUCGAGCAGGUGAACGGUGUGUUCCGGGACGCGUGCCGUUUCUGGCGUGUGCUAUCACGCUACCCAAAACUGAAACGUUCCACCAGCGACGUACACGAUCUACACUCCGAGGUCGAACUCAUCCUCAGCCCGGACAGUGUGCAUCCGUUCUGUAACUGUGAUCUCAGCCACGAGAAGCGUCAAUCCAUCGUCAUACUCGGUCGUCAUCCGUGGACGGAAGAGGAACCGGACGAAACGGACGAGUCCGAAUCGAGCUGCUGUUCGUCACAGAAGUCUGACAUCGAUGAACCAUUCCGAGGGCGUGCAUCGACGGAUGGGACGCUGCUGUCUAGGCCACGCCGCUGGAGAUUCGCACCGCCCGGAUCACUGAUGCCACACGUGGGACGUGUCGAACGUCGCAUGAGCAUCUCGAUGCGGGGUAGUAACGCGAGCUACUAAAAACGUGUCGGAUAAAAAAAAGAAGAACCUAUGGAAGGUGCGCUAGGUGUCUUCUAACUAUAAACAUACCAACACAGCGCAAAACAUGCUUUACCGAACUGAGCUGAACGAAAAGGGGAGACACAGGCACGCACAGAUACGGACAUCAGGAGCGGUUCCCGGUGUUGAACAAUAUUGUGAUUCCGUUUAUUUUUGUAUAACCAUUAUUGAAGCCAUUUACACCACAACUGAACUGAAUUGCCUUCGCGCAGCGUCACCAAAGACAUAUAUAUAUUUAGGACACGGUGAACGCAUUGCGUGAAGCUAAGAGAAGAAGAUAGAAAGGUGUAGUAGUAAUAAUAGUAGCUAAUGGACUUAUUUUACAAAAACGCCAAAAAAUCACUAAGCUCGAACGUUACAAAGAGACAAACUCAACGAACUGUAUCGAAUGUAUCGAAUGUUAAUAAAAAAGGGUAUCGUUAUCGCAACACGGAAA